AUGGGCGGUGCCACGUUCAAGUACAACGACGAUGAUGACCACGGCAUUCCGAUCCUACAGAUUCCCUCCCGAUCCCGGUCCCAGAGAGCCCGGCUAUCCUACCAACGAUGGCGGAACCCAUUGCUAGUAAUCGGUGGCAUCUUGUUCGUGCUAUACUUUCUCCAGGGCGGUGAAAGGGACUCAACAGACUGGUCCAGGCUGGCUUACGUUCAAUACGCCACCGACACGCACACAUUAUGCAACGCCCUGAUGAUCUUCGACUCGCUCAAAAGACUGGGCAGCAAAGCGGACCGCGCCCUGCUCUAUCCCGAAGAAUGGGACCGCGGCAGCGAUGACCCUGAAGACCGCACCACUCUGCUGCUGAAGCAGGCAAAGCGAAGUUAUGGAGCAAAAAUGAAGCCCGUCCAACUCCUCUCGAUAGACGGACCAGCCGAGCCCGGCACAUUGAAAUCACCCAGCGACUACGGCACCAGCAUCACCAAGUUCCGUCUCUUCGAGCUCGAAGAGUAUGACCGCGUGAUUUACUUCGAUGGAGACAGCAUCCUCCAGCAACACAUGGACGAGCUGUUCCAACUCCCCCCAACCACCAUGGCCAUGCCGCGGGCCUACUGGUCAGAUCAACCGCGGGACCGAUGGCCGCUUGCAAGCACACUUAUGGUCCUCUCGCCCAAUGUAGCGGAGACGAAGCACAUUUACGAAACACUGCAGUGGUGGCGUUUACAGCCCGACCGCGACGACAGCAGGCACUACGACAGCGAUCUGCUGAAUGACCGCUUCGGAUCAUCGGCGCUCGUACUGCCGCAUCGGCCGUACUUGCUGCAGACAAUGGAGUUCAGAUGGGAUGACCACGCAGCUUAUCUCGGCUCCUACGGUGCGCCCGCUUCAGCGAUCAAGUGGGAUCCGCACGUUGCGCUGGAAGAGGCGAAGCUCAUCCAUUUCAGCGACUGGCCGCUGCCGAAGCCGUGGAUUAUGUGGCCGAGAGAUGGCUUGACGGAGAUUCAGCCGAGCUGUGGUGGCUCUCACGUGGCGAGUUGCGAUGAGAGGGAGAUCUGGAAGGGGCUGUAUGAGAAGUUCCGGUUGAAGAGGAGGGAUGUCUGCAGGAUCCUUUCUGUGCCGGCGCCGCAGGAUUGGAAGCAGUACAAGAAUGAUACGGGGGCUCUCUGA